AUGGGACUUCUUGUCUCUGCGUCCACUGUGCAAAUUACCUUUUAUACAAUCCUGGUAAUACUGGGCAUCCUGGGUAAUACCACUGUUUUUGUGGUGGUUGGUAAGAGUGUGAUAAUGGACCGUGUUGGGGGACGUACCUCGGACAUCAUAAUCAUGAACAUGGUACUGUCUAACCUGCUUGUGUCUCUGAUGAGGAACUUGCUGAUUGUCAUAUCAGACAUGGGAGUCAAGAUGUACUCAUCCAAAGGGUGGUGUCGGUACCUCAUGGUUGUCUGGGUGUGGCUGCGAUCGGUCAAUGUUUGGUCAACGCUCUUUCUCAGUGCGUUCCACUUCCGGACACUGAGGCGUGUGGUUCCUACUGUCGCAUGCCGGGGAAUUCCUAGGACACUACUGCUGAGUCUGGUGCUCAUCUGGUUUCUCAAUCUUAUUUACUCCAUUCCUGCUUAUAUAUUUUCCACUAAUGGGGACAUUAACAGCACAGAGACCCUGAUGCUGGUGAGCAGCACAACUCGCCCCCUGCUGGGUUGUGUGUGGAAAUUUCCCUCCAGAUUCCAUGGCCUGGCCUAUGCCACUGCAUCUAUUGUCGUUAAUGAAGUACUUCCCAUAAUGCUUAUGGUCUUUACCAGCCUGGGCUCCUUUUACACACUCUACACCUAUGGCAGGACUCAGAGUUUGGGAAAGGAUGCACCUUUAAUAAAACGUGUUCCUGCUGAGAGACGAGCAGCCAAGGUGAUUCUCGCUCUCAUAUUGCUCUUCAUUGCAUCCUGGGGAACCAGCGUUAUUUCAGUCAACUAUUUCAACUACAACCGUGGAUCAUCUGUGGAGUUUCUUCUGGUCAUUUCUCGCUUUUCACACAUUGCCUUCAUCGCCAUGUCACCUGUUAUUCUGGCAUUUAGCCACCGGCGUAUGCGUGCUUUCAUUCAUUCUUUUCUCUCUCACUGACAAAAGCCCUGGGCAGCUCCACAAUACGGCUAAUUAUAAACUGCUACUUGUCUCAACUUCCCUAAAAAAACUUGUGGAGGUUCAUGGUUAAAGGUAUCAACAUGUGAUGUUUCAAAACCUCCACAUGUGCAUUUGUGUGACUGGAGUUGGACUGAUGGACUCAAUAGAGAGGCAAAGUGCUAAAAAGUAAUUAAGGUUACAAGACUUUGUGCAACAUUGCCCCAUUUAUUAAAUAUGUAGACAGGGCUGACAGAUAAUGUGAUGGCUUUAUUUAACAGUCUAAACAAAUGGUCAAAAUAAAA